CGAAGUGCCGGUUACGAGAGCCUGAAUGAUGCGUCGUAAUCACUUGAUAAACGGGUGGUUGGACUUUGAUACGGCGCCUGGGGAGUAUCCGGACCAUCACAAACUAGACUGUUACCAUGACGACCAGACUACUAUUACUGUCACUGUUGGUGAGCGCCGUGGUCGGACAGGCGAAACACGGAAAGGACUCGAGUGUAUGUCGGGACCCAACACCACCUCAGGGAGUUAAUGCUAUUGUGAAGCCUACAAUUCCCGAACAAUUUUCUGCUCAUAUCGAGUGUGUUAUUAAAAACAAGAACCUGACGAUAGACAUGCACGAGUUUUUCGAUGACAUUAACAACAGAGGCGUCCUCUACCAGGAACAAGACGGGGUACUGUAUCAGGCCUGGUAUGACUACAGUAUCAACGAGUUCAUCUCCUAUUUUCCUACAUACUCACUGUGUACUGCGUCGAAGCUGAGUGACUCCUCCCAGCGGUUCAUGUUCGGUUAUCAGACGAGACCAGGACAGACCGGACACAUCUUCUCGGCUGGCCAAGCUCUACAUUUCCAGACGGACGCUAAGGAGGUAUACAUGGGCCAGUCAAUGGUUCGAGGUAUUGCAGUGGACGUUUGGCAGUCAUGCCAGUAUUGGGACACGUUUGAUGCAACCAUGACCGUUCAGUGGUAUUUCUCAGCUAGCACAGAAUGGGACACGGCCGUUGGUCAACCCGUACCUGUGGGUGCUUACGUCAAAGGAUUUGUAUGGGACACGCCCACUUCGACACCUCGGCCAAUAGAACACAUGUAUGACAUCUUCCAUUUCCGGCCCUCCAGCCCACCUGACUCGAUUUUCCAGACCCCACCUGGCGUACUGUGUACAAACCGUUCAAACACCAAAACGGUUCCGAGUGUUCCCGACGCAUUUAGCUUUACCGUAGAGGUUGUUGACAAAACCCUUAACGCUGUCUCCUAUAUGACGGAAUACUACGACUCCGUUAACAACUUUGUGAGGUACACCUACCGACCAUCACCGACAGACAACAGCCCGUUCGGAACAAACGACCUGACGGAAGUGCAUGACUUUAACACCGGGGUUGCCUAUGUCACGGACCAGAUGCACGGUAAUUGUACAGCCAUGAACAUAGACCUUACCUUUGACGGAGCGAGGAAUGGCGCCACGACGCUUCGACUUAUAAGCUCUCGCGAAUUCUUCUAUUUUAAUGCUAUUAACUUCACGUAUGAAGGAGUGAACAAAGUGCGAGAUAUUGACGCCGACACCUGGGUCGGCAAGCGUCCAAAUUACCCACCCGGUAUCGGCGGUGUAUCCACCUGGCAAUGGUAUUUCACAACGAAUAAUUGGUUCGACACUAACACUGGGAUGUCACAAGGCGGUGUGCCGAUACAGAUGAACAUUGAUGCCCCAAACGCUGGAAUGAGCUACGAGUAUCACAUGUUUAACUUUAAAAACAGCGUACCAAACCUUCUUAAUUAUGACGUCAGCGCUUGCUAUAUCGAUCGCGACAGGAGGAUGUUUCAAAUGAAAUUCCCAGGUCAAUAUACAAGUGUGGUGGAUUCUAACUUGGACCAGUUCAAAUACUUCGUCUUAGUGGCCCUGACAAAAACAAUGUCUGUUUCUGCUCUCAGAGUAUCCAACUUACAGGUUAUAUUCGACAAAGACAUUGUCGUCAGUUUCGAGGUUCUGGACGUGGCCCCAAUACUGGGUGACGUCACUAAUCAUCGCGUUGAAACACCAUUAGAUACUGCAGCCACCAAGUUGAUCAACAAAAUCCACUCUAAACAGUUUUUCAUUACCAUGCAUUUCAACAAUAACCAAGAUUUUACAGGUAUGAUACCAAUGCCUAAGAGCCUUAUUGAGACGACUUACCUGUGGAACAGCCAGACAGGAACAGCAAUUCCUCAGAAAACGUCCGGAUACGGAGCAGGUGUGAUGGCAGCAGUGGGUGUGGUCGUUCCCAUAGUUUCGGCAGCUCUGGGUGGAGUGCUUGCUUUCUUCUUCUUCAAGUAAAAGACAGACGAGGAUAAUGCGGUUCACAAUGCCAGUUUGCAUAACGGAUAUUUAUAUCAUCACACUGAACUAAAACAUUCAGAACGGCGACGGAGGACUUUAAAUGUAGCAUAAUGUGCAUAUAUCGUCGGUGUAUUGUGAGGGAAGGAAUGCAAUACUUGGAAGCAGCAAAAAAAUGUUCCAUGGUAAAAUUAACGUAUUUCAUCAUUUCAUGACUUUACAUCUGUUUGCUGGAACUCGACGUCAUUAUUCAUAGAGAAGUGAAUGAUGAGUGGAUACGUGAUAUUGAACUACAUGUUUCAUAAAUAGUCGACAAUAUGUGCAAUAUCUGAAUAAAAUAUUUACAUUUUCA